AAAUUUAACAAAAGUUAGUGAUUCUAAAGUAAAAUCACUAUCCCUUCCUUUUAUAAAAUAAAUAACAAACUUUUCGUUUUUAUUUUAGAACCAAAUCUCCCACGAAACUCUCAGUCUUUAGUCUUUUCUUUUUAUCUCUCACUAACAAAGACCACCUCACAAUCUCCGCUAAAGAUUGUAUGUAUAGGUUGGAGUGGUGGUGGUGAUGGGGAAGGGGAGACCUAGGGCAGUUGAAACAGGGCAAAAUUUGACUGUUUCAUCUACUGGGUCAUUGAAUAUACAGUCGGGGCCGGUUUAUUACCCUAGUGAAGAGGAAUUUAGGGACCCAUUAGGGUAUAUUUAUAAGAUCAGGCCUGAGGCUGAGCCAUAUGGGAUUUGUAAGAUUGUUCCUCCUAAAUCUUGGAACCCUCCAUUUUCGUUGAACCUGGAUUCUUUUACUUUUCCUACCAAAACACAAGCAAUUCAUCAGUUGCAGGCACGGCCUGCUUCGUGUGAUUCAAAGACUUUCGAGUUAGAGUAUAAUAGGUUUUUAGAAGGACAUUGUGGUAAGAAGUUGAAGAAGAGGGUGAUUUUUGAAGGGGAGGAGUUGGAUUUGUGUAAAUUGUUUAAUGCAGUGAGGAGGUAUGGGGGCUAUGAUAAGGUCGUGAAGGGGAAAAAAUGGGGGGAGGUUUUUAGGUUUGUGAGGUCAGGGAAGAAGAUUUCGGAGUGUGCUAAGCAUGUUUUAUAUCAGUUGUAUAGAGAGCAUUUGUAUGAUUAUGAAGGUUAUUAUAACCGGUUGAAUCGGGAGAGGGCGAAGAGUUAUAAGAGAGGCAUUAAUGAGGAUGCAAAGAAUGAAAAGAAGGCUAAAAUUUAUAGCUCCAAGAGGAGACGGAAGAAUAGUGACCAUAGGAAUGUUAAGGUCUGUAAGGUGGAGGAGGAAGAUCAUGAUCAGAUAUGUGAGCAAUGCAGAAGUGGGUUACAUGGGGAAGUGAUGCUACUAUGUGAUAGAUGUAAUAAGGGUUGGCAUAUAUAUUGUCUGUCACCACCGUUGAAGCAGGUCCCACCAGGUAACUGGUAUUGCUUUGAGUGCCUGAAUUCUGACAAAGAUAGUUUUGGUUUUAUUCCUGGAAAACAAUUUACAUUGGAAGCUUUUAGGCGUUUGGCUGAUCGAGCCAAUAAGAAAUGGUUUGGAUCAGGAUGUGCUUCGAGGGUACAGAUAGAGAAAAAGUUUUGGGAGAUCGUGGAGGGUUUGGCAGGUGAUGUGGAAGUUAUGUAUGGAAGUGACCUGGAUACUUCUGUUCAUGGGAGUGGUUUUCCACGUGUAAAUGACCAGAGGCCAGAAUCUGUUGAGCCUAAAGCAUGGGAUGAAUACUGUAAGAGUCCGUGGAAUCUCAAUAACUUGCCCAAGCUGAAAGGUUCAAUGCUGAGGGCUGUUCAUCAUAACAUUACUGGUGUCAUGGUUCCCUGGCUGUAUAUUGGAAUGCUGUUCUCAGCUUUCUGCUGGCAUUUUGAAGAUCAUUGUUUUUAUUCAAUGAAUUACCUUCACUGGGGAGAGCCUAAAUGUUGGUACAGUGUCCCUGGUAGUGAAGCUAGUGCUUUUGAGAAGGUGAUGCGGGAUUGUCUCCCUGAUCUGUUUGAUGCGCAACCUGACUUGCUGUUUCAGCUUGUUACCAUGUUAAAUCCUUCUGUCCUGCGAGAAAAUGGUGUCCCAGUCUACAGUGUGCUACAGGAGCCAGGAAAUUUUGUCAUUACUUUCCCUAGAUCUUACCAUGGAGGAUUCAAUUUGGGUUUAAAUUGUGCAGAGGCAGUAAAUUUUGCUCCUGCUGAUUGGUUACCCCAUGGUGGGUCUGGGGCAGAGCUGUAUCAGUUGUAUCGUAAAGCUCCAGUUUUAUCUCAUGAGGAGCUUCUUUGUGUGGUAGCCAAGAGUGAUUGGGAAAAAAAUGCAUCAACUUAUUUGAGAAAAGAAUUGCUCAGAAUAUAUAAGAAAGAAAGGACAUUUAGGGAGAGGCUUUGGCUAAGUGGCAUAACAAGAUCAUCUCCCAUGUCUCCUCGGAGAUCUUCUGAAUUUGUGGGCACAGAAGAGGAUCCAACAUGCAUUAUAUGCAAGCAGUAUUUGUAUCUUUCUGCUGUUGUUUGCCGCUGCAGGCCAUCUGCUUUUGUCUGCCUGGAGCAUUGGGAGCACCUCUGUGAGUGCAAAUCCAGUAAACAUCGUCUUCUAUAUCGUCAUACUCUGGCAGAAUUGGCUGAUUUGGUGCUUAUAGUGGACAAGCAUGAGUCGGAGGAGAUGCCACAAAGUGAUAGUUUUCUCAGGAACAUCUCAUCUUUCAGUGAAUUGAAUUCUUUAAAAAAGAAGGUGAAAGGUGCCCAUGUUACUCAUGCUCAACUUGCAGAGCAAUGGCUUUCACGGGCAUGUAAGAUUUUUCAGAGUCCUUUUUCAGGUGAUGCAUAUACUACUCUGUUGAAGGAAGCUGAACAGUUUCUCUGGGCUGGUGCCGAGAUGGAUUCCGUACGCGAUGUGGUGAAGAAUCUGACUGCAGCUCGGAAAUGGGUGCAAGGAAUAAGGGACUGUCUUUCUAAAAUUGAAAAUUGGUCUGCUGGAGGUGAUUUUGAGAAAGUGGCUCAUAAAUGGGUUAAGAAAUUGCUUAGUGUUGAUCCUGUGCCCUGUAAUGAACCUGGAUAUCAUAAGUUGAAGCAUUGCGCCGAAGAGGCCAAUUUGUUGGUUCAUGAUAUUGAUGCUGCUUUAUCAACAUUCUCUAAGCUUGAAGAGUUGGAGUUGUUGUAUUCCAGGGCUUGCAGCUCAUCAAUACAUGUAGAACAAAGUCAAAAGUUAUCACAAAAAAUCUCUUUGGUGAAGGUAUGGAUAGACAAUGCAAGAAAAGCCAUCUCCAAUGAACAGCCUGCACCAGUUGAGGUUGACAUUCUUUACAAGUUAAAAACAGAGAUAUUGGAGCUUCAGGUCCAAGUUCAGGAAAAAGAAAUGAUUUUUGAUCUUGUAAGCCAGGCUGAAUCAUGUCAAGCCCGGUGUAGAUCUUUAAUGAGUGGUUCUGUUACUCUAAAGGAUGUGGAAGUGCUUCUUCAAGAAAUGGCAAGUUUCAGUGUUAACAUACCAGAGUUGGCACUUCUGAAGCAAUACCAGAUUGAUGCUUCUUUGUGGAUCACAAAGUUAAAUGAUAUUUUGAUAAAUAUCCAUCAGAGAGAGGAUCAACAAAGUGUUAUUGAUGAAUUAAAUCGUAUUUUAGAAGACGGAGAAUCACUGAAGAUUCAAGUUGAUGAGUUGUCACUUGUGAAGAUUGAGUUGAAGAAGGCUUGUUGCAGGGAAAAGGCAAUAAAGGCACGCAAUUCAAAAAUGGCUUUGGCCUUUCUUCAGCAACUGUUGGCAGAUGCUGUUGUUUUGCAAAUUGAGAGGGAGGAUUUAUUUCUUAGUUUGUCUAGAGAACUUGCUGGUGCUCUGCAGUGGGAAGAAAGAGCUAAGGAUAUACUUGCUUGCAAGGCUCAGAUGUCUGAAUUUGAGGAUCUUAUAAGGAUGUCGGAGGACAUAGUUGCUAUAAUGCCUUCAUUAGGUGAUGUCAAAGCCGCAAUAUUGGUGGCAAACUCAUGGUUAAAUAAUAGCAAGCCAUUUUUAGAACCUGAUUUGUCUGGGUCAUCUACAUCUCGUUCUUUGCUGAAACUUGACGAUCUGAAGGAGUUGGUUUCUCAGUCAAGAUUUCUUAAGAUAACUUUUAAGCAACAAAAUGUGCUUGAAACAAUUUUGGAAAAUAGCAAGAAAUGGCAGCAUGAUGCCUGUUCCCUACUGCAAGAUGUGGAGUGCCUGUAUAGUGUGACUGACAUUGGUGAUGGCAGGAGCAAUGUUCUUAUUUUGAAAAUUGAACAUAUUGUUAACUUGAUUGAAUCUGUCUCAAAAGCUGGUUUAUCUUUUGGACUGGAUUUUCCUGAGAUGCCAAAGCUUCAAAAUGCUUGUUCAACGCUGCAUUGGUGCAGUAAAGUCCUUUCUUUCUGCUAUUUGAUGCCUUCUUACGAGGAUGUUGAGAGUUUGAUGAAUAUCUCAGAGCAGCUUUCUAUUAUGCAUUCUUCAUGUAAUUUGUUGAGCUCCUUAAUUUUUGGAGCGAAAUGGCUUAAGAAGGUUUCAGAGGUGAUUUCCGCACCUGUGAAGCGUAAUGCAUGCAAAUUGAUUGAUGCUGAAGAAAUGCUUGCUGCAUAUCAGGAUAUUAGUGUUGCCUUCCCAAUGAUGUUUGCACAACUUACAGAGGCUACCUGCAAACAUAGGUUGUGGCAGGAGCAGGUGCAUCAGUUUUUUAGUUUAGAGUUGGGGGAGCGAUCGUGGUCUCAAUUAAUGCAGCUCGAGGAGUAUGGAAAAGCUUCUUUCUUUACAUGUCCAGAGGUAGAUAUUGUCGUGUCUGAAGUUGAAAAGGUUGAGAAGUGGACGCAGCGCUGCAUGGAUGCUGUAAAGACCUUUGCUGGAGAUGAGAGCUUACUGCUCUGUGCCUUGCAGAAGAUCAAAGAGUCCCUAGAUAGAUCUCUGUAUAUAUACGAAAAGUCAGAGAGUUUUGGAGGAGUAUGUCUCUACAUGUGCUGUAUGAGUGGUUCUGAGGAUUGGGAUUUUUUAACAUGUUCAACAUGCAAGGACUGCUACCAUUUGCAGUGCCUAGAAUAUAGAAGAAAUAAUGCAGAAGAAGCAUAUACAUGCUCAUAUUGUCAGCUUCUUGUGGGUGGAUUAAUACCUCCCAAUAGAUGUGGCUUCUUGAGGCAUAAUGGCAAGUAUUCAGACUUGAAGCUUCUCUCUGAUCUUCUCUUUGUUGAUGAAAAGUUUUGUGUAAGGAUUGAAGAAAGAGAGAUAUUACAGCAAAUUGUAGACCAAGCUUAUGCUUGCAAAAAGUGUUUGACAGAGAUACUGGACUUUGAAAUGUCUUGCUAUAAUAAAGAUCAAUUUACUGCUGUUGGUAAAAAACUCACUACUGCUUGGAAGGCCUUUGGAGUGGCAGGUGUAUAUGAUCAUCAAAGUUAUUGUGAUUUUGAGCGGGCAUUAGCUAGAUUCUCAUGGAGAUUCCAAGUUGCUAAAUUGUUAGAUGCUUUAGAGAAGGAUUUAGAGAAGCCUUCAGUCCAACAGAUUUAUCAGCACCUGAAAGAGUUGGCUUUCAGAAAUGAUGAGCAAAUUACCUAUGCUGAUAUGGGAGAUGCGAUGAACAUUUCACCUGAAGAUCACUUAAGAUUGAAGCUUUCCGAAUUGAAGGACAUUGGAUUGCAGUGGGUGGAUCGUGCCAAGAAGGUUGCAGCAGAUUGUGGGUCACUUGGCUUAGAUGGAGUUUAUGAACUUAUCACAGAGGGGGAAAGGUUGCCAGUUUGCUUAAAGAAGGAACUUGAGUUGUUAAGAGCCCGAAGUAGGCUUCAUUGCAUUUGUCGAAAGCCAUAUGAUGAAAGAUCAAUGAUUGUUUGCGGUCGAUGUGAUGAGUGGUACCACAUAAGAUGUGUUAAUUUAGUGUUCCCACCAAAAGUUUAUAUCUGUGCAGCAUGUAUGCCUGGGACUCAACAUUUGGUGUCCUCUUUUGACUCAUUGAUGGAUCAUGAAAGAUGUACGGUGGAGCCGAAAACCCCAUCUCCUCGGCAUAAAAAACCAAGAACGGGACCAAAGAAAUCGGAGUCCAGUGCCACACAAAAAAUGCUGAUUGGUGAUGAGAAUGGGAGUGGGAUAGGUCAUUUGAGGUGGCGAAAUCGGAAGCCUUUUAGGAGAGCAGCGAAGAAGCGUGCUGAGCUUGAUAGUCUUACUUCAUUUUUCCAUAGACCACAACCAAUAAUCACAUAAAAAUGAUUGUUAGCAAAUUAGCAAGUAGCAUACAUUUCAUUGAUUCAAUUGAUUCUUGUGGCUUAAGCCCCUGUAAAUUUUGCCAGCCCAAUAAUCAAUUAUCUGCAAUUUUCACU